AUGGCGAAUGGAGGUUUCCCUUUCCAAAUGCCGAUGCUCACAAAGAACAACUAUGACAAUUGGAGUAUCAAGAUGAAGGCGCUACUAGGAGCUCAAGAUGUGUGUGAUAUCGUUGAGAAAGAUACAUUUGAGAAGAUCUCCAACGCAACGACGACCAAAGAAGCAUAUGACAAACUUCAAACUUGCAACAAAGGAGUGAAACAGGUGAAUAUGAUUCGUCUUCAAACUCUUAGAGGUGAUUUUGAACGUUUAUUUAUGGAAGAGUCUAAGUCAAUUUCUAAUUAUUUUUCUCGAGUAUUGACCGUAGUUAAUCAACUUAAAAGAAAUGGCGAAGAUGUUAAUGCGGUGAAAGUCAUGGAGAAAAUACUUCGUAUUUUCAAUCCAAGUUUUGACUUCAUUGUAACCAACAUUGAAGAAAAUAGAGAUUUAAAUACCAUGAUUAUUGAACAACUCAUGGGUUCCUUACAAGCAUACGAAGAAAAACAAAAGAGAAAAAUUAAACAAAAGGAGGCUAUGGAAAAACUACUACAAAUCAACAUAAAGAAAACAAAUUAUGCGAAUUAUAAGAGUCAAAGAGGACGAGGUCAUGUCCACGAUUGUGGGCGUGGACGAGGACAUUGA